AUUAAAAUUACGCAACUCUCAACCAUGUGUCUUGUCUGGCUGGCGUAUCGAUGCGCGAAUCUUUAGUUAGUUACGAGUGAAAGCAUUAAAUCGUGCAGAGCGAAUCUACGAACCGGUCGUUCUGUAAACAAACAAAGAAAACAAAAAAAAUAGUCCAGAAUUAAGAUGAUGAUGUUAGCACGAUCUGCGAACACGAUCUAGUCAUCGUCGGUUUUUAUGCGCACAACAUUCAUUCUCAAACCAAAAUGCUUUUAAAGACUAUAUUCUUUCUUUUGGCGUCAGAUGCUUUCGCUGCGAACAUUUUCGUCGGCAGGGAGAGAAGGCAGACUGGAUUUUGCGGAAACGAACGAUUCUUAUGUAAAUCUGGCCAAUGCAUCGAUCAAUUGAACGAAUGCGAUGGCAUUCCAAAUUGCAUCGAUGGCUCCGAUGAGACGGCCGACGUCUGCAGUACCCUGAGGUGUCCCAAUUACACAUUUCGAUGUUCGUACGGCGCCUGCAUCAGCAGACAGUUGCGCUGCAACGGAGAAAACAAUUGUCGGGACGGAUCGGAUGAACUGGACUGCAAAGCGUAUACAGAAAAACCAGCUCCAAAGUACGGCUGCGCUUUGCCCCGGCAACCUUCCAAUGGUCGCUGGAGAAUCUACAACGAAGAGCGGAUUUCUGAGACGCACGCGAACGAAAACACGAUUCUCUGGUUCUCCUGUAACGCUCGAUACAAGCUGCAGCCCCAAAACAACACAUUCGCCCUGUGCAGGAACGGCGAGUGGAGCGCGACCGCAAAGUGCACACUGACAUGCUCGUCCGUCGAAUCCGACGACACGAUGUUGGUGCAAUGCUCGUCGAACGGUGGAAUUGCCUCAUGCUCGAAACCUUACGAAGGUACACGAGCCACCAUUAGGUGCCGCCCACUUUAUCAGCCGACCACGCCCAACGUUACCGUCGACAGGAUAUGCAGGGACGGCUCCUGGAAUCUGCCCUUGGCAGGCGAACUCUGCCGACCGAUGACCACCAACGCACCGAUCGCUCCGAACGGUGGUAACAACACCUACAAUUUCUUCAUCGUAAACAAUUACUAUUUGGAUGGAGCCAAGAACACCACGACCCGAAAAACAUUAGCAUUUAAUUAAUGUAUACAACAAUAAGAUUAAUAAAUACUUGCAUGCAA